UGUUCACCGGGCUGGACUCGUCACCAUGGAGAUUGUUACCAAUAUUUUAAAGAUGUUUCCUCCUUUACUGUUGCUGAAAAAUCCUGUCAGGACCUUGGUGGAAUUAUGGCUGCCAGUAAAACACAAGAGGAAGUAGACUUUCUUUCUUCACUAAGACCAAAGACUGCCAAGAUAUGGAUUGGUCUGACGGACAGAGCGGAGGAAGGGACCUUCAAGUGGCUGGAUGGGUCAUCUGUCGUCUGGGAUAAUUGGGCAGAAGGUUCUCCCAAUGGUCAAUAUGGACAUGAAGAUUGUGUAGUGAUGUAUGGUGAACAGGUCAACAGUAAAUGGAAUGAUCACCCUUGUUCUUCUCAACAUUACCAAUAUCCUUUCAUCUGU